AUGAGUCAGGACGCCCGGCCGGACCACCCCCGGGUCCCCAGGCCCCCCAGGCCCCCCAGGCCCCCCAGGCCCUUCACCAUCGACAGCAUCCUGCGGCCCGACCCCGGGGGACCCUGCCGGAGGACGGCCCCGACCUCCAACCCCCAGCCCCCCAGCCCGCGGGAGAAGAGACCCGGUGGGAUCUCAGGGGUGAAGGCCAGAGGUGACCAGGACCCUGGCGGAGGGCAAGAGGGUCUCCCCGGAGGACUGCCCUGGCCGGGGGUCUGCAGCCCGGACCCCUCCCUGAGGCCUGGGGUCGCCCCCCCGGGCAGAGCAGUGUCCAGCAGGAAGAAGACGCGGACCAUCUUCUCCAAAAGCCAGGUGUUCCAGCUGGAGUCCACCUUCGACGCCAAGCGCUACCUAAGUAGCUCGGAGCGCGCCGGCUUGGCCGCCUCCCUGCAGCUCACCGAGACCCAAGUGAAGAUCUGGUUCCAGAACCGUCGCAACAAACUGAAGAGGCAGCUGGGCUCCGAGCCCGACGGCGCCCCCGGGACCCAGGCGGCCGGGAUCCCGGCCGCCUCCCUCUCCCUGCCCGGCCUCUCCAAGGACUCGGCUUUCUUCAGCCGCUGCCUGUUGCCCGUCUCCCUGCCUCUCGUCUACCCCGGGAACACCGUCCCCUACCUUUGUUUCCCCACUCCCGGAAAAUACUUCAGCCUGGUAGAUGGAGAUGUAUAA